ACGCUCGUCUCAAAGGUUAAGCCAUGCAUGUCUAAGUACAAGCUUCCUAGAAAGUGAAACCGCAUAAGGCUCAGUAUAACAGCUAUAAUUUACAAGAUCCUCAUCCAAACAGUUACUUGGAUAACUGUGGAAAAGCCAGAGCUAAUACAUGCAUUAUGCCGGGACUGUUGGCCUCCGGGUCGGCGGAACUGGUGCACUUAUUAGUUAAACCAAUCGCCUCCGGGCGCUUUGAGUUGAAAUCUGGAUAAGGAUGCCGAUCGUACGGUCGCUUGCGACUGACGACAGAUCUUUCAAAUGUCUGCCCUAUCAACUAUUGAUGGUAGUGUAGAGGACUACCAUGGUUGCGACGGGUAACGGGGAAUCAGGGUUCGAUUCCGGAGAGGGAGCCUGAGAAAUGGCUACCACAUCCAAGGAAGGCAGCAGGCGCGUAAAUUACCCAAUCCCGGCACGGGGAGGUAGUGACGAGAAAUAACAAUAUGGACCUCUCUAACGAUGGUCCAUAAUUGGAAUGAGUUGAGCAUAAAUCCUUUUGCAAGGAUCAAGUGGAGGGCAAGUCUGGUGCCAGCAGCCGCGGUAAUUCCAGCUCCACUAGCGUAUAUUAAAGUUGUUGCGGUUAAAACGUUCGAAGUUGAUACCCCGUCCAGACUCGCGUCCGUCGCGGGCGCCCGGCCUCUCGGUUGGGACCGUCCGUGUACGCGCUCGCGGCUGCGACUCACAAUGGUGUACCUGGGCGUUCUACUCCGUGACGGGUCAGGACUUGUCGCCGCGACCUCGUCGGUCAAGGUCUUGUUCGACCCAGCUUCAUGGUGCCCGGGAACUCUCGUUUACCUUGAACAAAUUAGAGUGCUCAAAGCAGGCUAGUUCAAAGCGUCCGGUCCUCCGGGGCCGGCGUUGGCCGAGAAUAAUUUUGCAUGGAAUAAUGGAACAUGACCUCGGUCUGAGUGGUUUCGUUGGUUUGUAAUAGACCAAGAGGUAAUGAUUAACAGAAGUAGUCGGGGGCAUUGGUAUUACGGCGCGAGAGGUGAAAUUCGUAGACCGUCGUAGGACCCACAGAAGCGAAAGCGUUUGCCAAGGAUGCUUUCAUUAAUCAAGAACGAAAGUUAGAGGAUCGAAGGCGAUUAGAUACCGCCCUAGUUCUAACCGUAAACGAUGCCAAUUAGCAAUUGGGAGACGCUACCUACCUUCGGUGCUCUCAGUAGCUUCCGGGAAACCAAAAUCGGGUUCCGGGGGAAGUAUGGUUGCAAAGUUGAAACUUAAAGGAAUUGACGGAAGGGCACCACAAGAAGUGGAGCUUGCGGCUUAAUUUGACUCAACACGGGAAAACUUACCAGGUCCGAACUUACAGGGUUUUCCAGUGGUUCUGAUAACUUUGAGAUGCUUAACGGACUCUAUCGCACGGGAAGUGAUACUUUUGGCGCGUUAGCGAUAAAUCUGUAACUUUACUGAACUCUAUGUGACGGGAAGUAGAUUCUUUGGCACCUUUUUUGGACAAGUCAUUUGGGUGCCGUUUGCCAGCUGGGUUUUCGUAUACAUGAGGUGGUUGAAGUAUUGCUAUUUUCAAUAAUACACAUCAAUAUAAAAUUUGCACUAUAUAUGGCUAUACACAUUUAUUAAAAUUAUGAUCAAAGCAUGAUAUGUUUUGUAAAUUAUCGAGUGAUGUUAUUUUACUUCAAUUUAUGUUGCUUUGUUAUGGAAGAGUAAUAACAUUCAAGUCAACUAGCGUUUAUAAACAUUCGCGAGUGAAAUCAUCUGCUGUCAAUUCGAAUGGGUGGGAAACAACUACAACAACAAUUUUCCACAACCAAACGCAUUCCGAAAAUAUCGCUUCAAAAAAGGUUUCAUGCUGUCGUGGCUGUGCUGUGCACCAAAACAUAAUAGUGCUAAUUCGUGAAUCUUAUUGCACACAGUAUGUAUUUAAGCCCAUAACACUUGAAGUAGUUGUAAUUAUUUACGUGUUCCGAAUGUUACAGGUGUUUCAAUAUAACCGAAAUCAUUGGAUGCUGUUUGUGAAGAUCGAUUGUGUCAUCAUUUUACAAGCAAAACUCAAAUAUUAUAACAGACAUGGAGCCCAAUACAAGUGCAGCUACACGACGUGUUGUAAAAACCACAUCCGAUAGCGACAGGAAGCGGGUCAUAACGGCGUAUGAAAAUGGCUCAGCUCCAUCAGCAAUAAGCCAAAUGCUUAAUAUAAAGAGACCAACGGUGUAUGGAAUCAUAAAUAAAUACAAUGCAACUUGGCAAAUCGCUGCAGCUAAGCGUGGUGGCACCUGUAAAAAAAAGUUGUCGCAGGAUGCGGUAGAAAGCAUUCGAGCCUGGAUCGACGAAGAUUGUGCGAUCACGCUGAAGUCACUGGCACAGAAAGUAUUUGAACGACACGGUGUACACGUUAGCAUCUCAACUAUAGCCAGGGAAGUAAAGGGCUUCAACUACUCCUUUAAAAUGCUGCAAAAAAUACCUGAAAGGCGCAACACAACUGCUACGAUCGAGGAACGUACCACAUACGCCAGAAACUUCUACCAAAUAACAAGGGCAUUUCCUGUAAGCGGAUUAAUAUAUUUGGACGAAGUGGGAUUCAACGUGAGCAUGCGGACAAGCAAGGGCAGAUCUCAGAAAGGAACGCCAGCAGUAACCGUGGUUCCUCAAAUUAGAACUAGAAAUAUAUCGAUAGUAUGUGCAAUGAAUUCGAAUGGGAUCGUACAUUACGUCACCCACAACCAACCUGUAAACAGAGAGCUAUUUACCAAUUUUAUUUAUGAGCUUAAAGAUAUAUUGCGAUCCAAAAACAUUAAUAGAAGCUAUUUAAUAAUGGACAACGUUGCUUUCCACAAGAGCCAGUCCGUGCAGGAAGCUAUAGGAACCGUUAUAGACAAACCUCUCUAUCUACCCCCAUAUUCUCCCUUUUUAAACCCCAUAGAGAAUAUGUUUAGCAAGUGGAAGAAUUAUGUAAAAAGAUCUAACUGCACUAAUCACGACCAACUAAUGGAAGCUAUAUGCAACGGAGCAAAUUAUGUUACCGCAGAAGAUUGCGAAGGGUUUAUAAACAACAUGUGGAACUACAUGUCACGCUGUUUAAGCGGUGAAGAAAUAUUAGAUUAGAUGUAUCUUUAUUCUUUGAUAGCUCCUUUGAUAGAAUUCAAUAGUUUUAUUCAAUAGUUUAGAUAGAUGAGAUUAAUUAGUAGUAGUUAAGUCGAUUAACACUUCAAUGGAAAACCGUACUCCAAGAAUUUUUCCUCAAAAUGUGCUGUGCAGUUUCCUCAACAGUUAUUACGUUUUUUUUUUUUCAUUAGUUAAGUUCUUCAUCUUUAGAUGGAAAAACGAUACUCAAAGAGUUCCUUGAAAACGUGCUGUGCAGUUUUCUCAUCAUUAAUUACUUUUUUUAGUCAGUAGUAAAUAUCUUGAUUGUUAGAUGGAAAACAAUACUCAAAGAGUUCCUUGAAUAAAAUACAAUGCAAUUUUCGAACGUUUCUUAAA